GCUACAGAUAUUCUGCUGCAGAACUGCUGGAAGAACAACAUUUUCAGCAGCACGGGAAGCCAUUGGAACAAACAGCAGACAGGAAGUAGGACUGUUCAGGCAGAAUGUAUGUGAGCUGAGGCGGCAGCAGAAAGAUUGUGUGUACGUCAACAGUUCUGGUUUACAGUGUAAUGCACAUUUAGGAGACUUUUAAAAUGGCUGGGUGUCUGCGCCAUUUUACCUCUGUGGGAGAUGACACAAAAAAAAAGGCAUGGAAGGAAGAAGAUGUAGAAGUGGCACAUGAAGAAGAACCAAAGAAUACUCCCCACCCGUUUAUAGCCUCAUACAGUUUUAGGGGAGCCCUUAAAUGGCUUUUUAGCUCCCACAAAUUUCAGAUUGUGAUUAUUUGCCUUGUAAUCCUCGAUGCAUUAUUUGUGCUUGUCGAGGUUCUUCUGGAUCUGGAGCUGUUAGCCGAAAAAGUUGACCACAUUAUACCUGAGAUAUUUCACUAUCUGAGCAUUUCUGUCUUGAGCUUCUUUAUUUUGGAAAUUGCUGGUAAAUUGUAUGCCUUUCGCCUUGAGUUCUUUCAUCACAAAUUUGAAGUGUUUGACGCAGCCAUCGUUGUGAUCUCCUUUAUCAUUGACAUUGUCUAUAUAUCUCGGGAAGAUAUUUUCAAUGCCGUGGGGCUACUGAUACUGCUUCGGCUUUGGAGAGUGGCAAGAAUUGUGAAUGGUAUAAUUGUGUCGGUCAAGACCCAAGCAGAGGAUAAGAUUCAUAGGUUGAAAGAAAACCAAGAGUCAUUGCUUGAGAAAGUCGCACACCUGGAGCAGCAGUGUGCCCAACAGGAACAAGAGAUUGUCAGACUUCAGACGUUACUGCAGCAGCACAAUGUAUUUCCUGCUUCCUAAGGCAGGGUUGUCUCCUCGACUUUAGCUGCAGCCAUGGCAUUUGGUUUGGGACCUUACAGUAACAGUUUGUUUAAUAACCCGAGUCUAAGUGUUAAAUAUCAGUAAUCAUCUUUAUUACAAAAGUAGAUAAAUACAUUCAUUUUUACACAUUUACAGAAGUUUUUAAAAAAUUGUUAAAACAAAACAAAAAUGUGAAUCUUGCAGUCCAGUGUAUCAGUUCUUGGUAGGUGCUUCAGAUAUCAAAAGCCUGUGGGGGUAAAAAAAAAAAAAAAAAAAAAAAAAAGAAGUGCUCAAACGUGCAUUUACUUAUUACAUUUGAAACAUUUAUUGCAGCAGCAUUAUACAUGUAUACAGCAUCAGACUAGGGUGUGUUAGGCCCUACUCUUGGGCUGCCACCCCAGAAGCCCCCGCUGAUGGACCAGCCAACCCCCUGAGCAGGCAUGCUUAUACUAAACUUUGCCGCAGUUGGUCACUGUUGGAGCGCCAGUGCUUCUAAUUGGGGUCUGUGGGCCCCACAGGGUGUCCCGCCAGCCCAGUCCAACCCUGCAUGUAUAAGGGUAAUGGCUCAAGGAGCCCUUUCAGUUUUAAGUAACUCAAAACUUUAAAGGCACAGUUUUUUGCUACUGAAAAAUGCAACACUUAAAGUGCCUGUAACAGUUCCAUCUGCCACUACUCUUAAGGAUGGUGAGAAUAGAAAGGAUACAUCACUCCCGUAACCAGAAUUUUUUUUUUUUUUUUUCACAACUGGGGCGAUUCUUGUCCUACAAGAAUUAGCUGGUUUGCUCACAUCUGUGUUUGCAGCAACAGUGGAAUAUGGCACAUUAUUCUGGGAGUAUGCAUUUUUGUGCAGAAAUCUGCUCAGUUUGUCUGCACACACUGAUGCAGUGCCUCUCAGUGCAGGCACAGAAGACCAGCAGAUUGGCCGAUUAAACGCUGGCUGAGAAUCAGCUCCGUGUGAUUCUCUUAGCCCCUAAGGCUUCUGCUUCUGAUGCCUUAAUUUCCCAGUCUAUUCAUUUUUACUCCACAGAAUCUACAGAGAGUUAUUCUAUAAUAGCCUGUUCUAUGUUUCAUCUGUUUCCACCUGCAUAUACCAGUAAGCACAACAAUACACUCUUCUUUCCAUAGGACUUUGCCUGUCAUGAUUUGAAAUGUGCAAUUUCCAGAUUUGUGUUAUUAACCAUUUUGUUUGCUUGUUUGUUUAUAUUUUGUUCUGUGAAAAAGUUGGAACUUUAUUAAAUACAUUUUAGAAUGUUACAGUAGAGGGCAAUUCUUUGUGAAAUAUUUAGGCAUGUAAAACAAUUCUUUCCCCUGCUUAAAAUUGCUGACAGGCAUCAGAAAGCUUUGUUUUUUUUUCUACAGACUAUUAAUUCCUCAUGUACCAUUUCCUUCAUCUAAUAAAAGCAGACUGAGCAGUUAGCAUGGGUCUGCAGUGCUCACUUUGCCCACCAAA